UAUACCUAAGUGAACAAUUGUAUAUUAAUGAGUAGAUUUUUAAAUAUUAAGUUUAUAUUAUAAUUCGAUAUUUAAUUGAUGCUUAAAAUACGUAAAAACAUGUUUCUUGUUUGCGUAACUGUGGGAUUAGUCUUAUUAGCUUCGAAGUAUCGUAAUAACGUACUUCGAGGCGUCAAAAAUAUAUAUUCCGGUAUUAAACGUAAAGAUAAUAAGUCGAGCAAUAAAAUAAAAGAAGAAAUCAAAAUAGAAGUAAAGCAAGUUAUUCUAGCUGACUCUUUGGAAAAAUCCGAUUACGCUGUUCAACGUAUUAAUUGCAAUUUAUCUGGUGGUAUACUAGGUUUCGAUUGCGAAUGGGUAAACGAAGGUCCCGUGUCUCUACUUCAACUUGCUACAUUUAACGGAGUAUGUGCUUUAUUCCGUAUUGGUAAAAUUGGUUUCAUUCCCCCAAAUUUGCAGAAAUUGCUGUCCAGUAACCGUAUACUUAAAGUUGGUGUAGCUUCCUUCGAAGAUGGACAGAAAAUAGAAAAAGAUUAUGGAUGUUCCGUUUUAGGAACCCUCGAUUUAAGGACGUUAACAGAACGCCUACAACUUCCUACUCCUAAAAGUUUAGCAGCCAUGUGUGUAGAAUACCUUGGAACAAAAAUUGAAAAAUUAAUAGAAGUGAGAUGUGGUGAUUGGGAUGCGGAUGCUCUUACUGACGAUCAAGUAGUCUAUGCUGCUUGUGAUGCUAUGGCAUCGGUUCUUAUUUAUCAUCAGGUAAUGCAAGAAGCCAAAGAAAAAUUAUCAUUUUUCGACAAAUUGGUAAUAUAUUUUUGGAAAAUUUGGUCUAGAGAUGUAGGUGUGAGAUAUCAUGGUUUACCCACGGGAGUAAUCAAUGUAAGGUUCAAGGAUCAGAAGAGAAAUAUUAUUAACAAUAAUUAUACCACUACUGUAAUGAAAGAUGGAUCAAAUGCAAAUACACUUGAAACUAAUAACAUACCCAUAAGAAAAAAACCAUUGUAUCAUAAUUGUUAUUUACAAGCACCAGAUGGAGAUAUAUUGUGCACGUGUGAUCGCAAAAAAGCAGAAUGGUAUAUAAAGAAAAAUUUAGCCGAUAUCGUAGAAGAGCAACCCUUUACAGUGAGAUUAAAAUUUGAACCAUCGGGACGUGCGUUAGGAGAAGUUGGCCAAUAUUAUACUCAAGUUAAGGUUAAUCAAUGCGUUGUUUGCGGUGCUUCGGAAAAUUUUAUUCGAAAAAAUGUAGUACCUAGAGAAUAUCGCAAAUAUUUUCCAUUGGUAAUGAAGGCUCAUCAAUCUCACGAUGUAUUAUUAUUAUGUCUACCGUGUCACGAGGUCAGUAAAAGUCACGAUCUGCAGCUCAGAAGAAAGCUUGCAGAAAUGUGUAACGCACCUCUGUCAGGGCCGCUCACUCAUUCCAGUUGGAAAAAAUUACAUUGUGCUAUUAAAGCUUUACGCAAAGAAACAAUGUUACCGUUACAACGACAACAAGAACUUGCAAGUAUUGUCAUAGAAUACACAGGACAACAAGAAAUAACUCCAAAUCUACUCAAUUUAUUAGACGAAGAAUUAGAUAAUGCUAUAUCUCAACACAACAAUCAAUCGAAACAACCACCGCACGGCUUAAAGGUAGUCCAAUGGUUCGAAGAAAGGGAAGGUGGUCUUGUAGAAUUGGAAAAAAUGUGGAGAGAACAUUUUCUAAACACCAUGAAGCCACAGCAUUUACCAAAUUUGUGGUCAGUACGGCAUAACCAAGAACGAUUAACCAUUCGUCAAAAACAAAAUAGAAUAGAUCCGGAAGAUGCAAAAGCGGCAGGAUUAUAAUGUAUUAAGAUUUUAUAAACGUACCUGAAAGGACUCGUAGAAGAGCGAGUACUUAUAUCCAAAAGACUAUCAAGAAAACAAUAUAUCUCUUGAAUAUGAAUCAUUUCAUACAAACUUCUAGAUAUUGUUUAACUCUAAGUAGGAAUAAUUUUACUUUUUUAAUACCUGUUAUAUUUAACGAUGGUGUAUUUUUAUGAAAAAACACCAUAAAUUUUUGAGGUAUUUGUAUAUCUAUAAUUUAUUUAUAUAGAGAUCUCUAUUAAAAUAAUAAGCCUAUAAAAUAGGUUUUCAUUGAUUAAUAUGUACUUAUGUGUCAUGCCAAAUAGAAUAACCUUUUAACAUUUCUUUUCAUACAAAUACAAUUAUAUGAAAGGUCAUAUCUUCUACGUAACAAACA